ACAGUCCCUAUUGACUUCCAUAACAUUUUUGACAUAUUAUAUAAGUCAGUGGCUACCAUCAGCUCAACUGUUUGGUUACCUUCUUCAAAAUAUCCUCUUUUGUGUUCACCAGAAGAAAGAAGCUGGUUUAGAACAACAGGGGUUAGUAAAUGAGUUGCCAGACUUUUUUGAACGAACUGUUUCUUUAAUUUCAAUGUGAGGGUGAGAGAUUGCACAGAUCAGUAUGAUGGCUGUAGAUAGAGAAACAACAGAGGAUUCGAGAAAGAGAGCGACAGAGAAAUAUGGGUUAAUGUUUCCUUUGCCACUCCCUCAUCAGGCCGAGUGCUGAACAAACAGUCAAGAUAUGGGCAGAUACAAGUCUCAAAGUCUUGCGGCCCUUGGCAGUGACAUAAUCAUGAUCCUGAAGUAUUACUGAGCGAGUCUGUUUGUCUAAUGGUAGCGGUGUCGUUCUCUCGCUUGACCAGAUUAGUGACCUAUACACAGUUGCAGGCAGGUUAUAUACCGCAGCAUUUUUAGUAUCUGGUAUGUGGAGGGGAAGUUAAAGUUAGCACCUGCCGAAAAAACAACCACCCGCCCUCCCCUCGGAUGACUUCACAGUCACUGCUACUGGACGCAGCCGAGUUUAGUGCUCCGUUUUCCCUUUUCUCACUCUUCUCCUCUAUCGAUAUCUCUCUUUGAGAUUCCGUCCUUAUCCCAUCUGUUUUUUUCCACUCCUUGUCGUAGCUCCUCCUGUCUGAGAUAAAGCGUGAAGGUAAAGACAGCAGGGCGUUUCUGUCUGUCCCGCUCACAGUAUGCUCUUCUCGCGGAUUUGGAGUCCACGACCUCCCACAUUUCCAAACAAGCUGUUUUUCUGCCAGAAGAGACGCCAUAUUCCUACCCCACAGGAAGUGACUCAUAUCAGGACGUGUCCUCGCCACCUCGAGUAACCUCUCCUCUUGCUCAAACACUGAAUGGAUCUUGGGUAGAAAAGCCAGAAUCGAAGCCCUCAUCAACCCAGCCUUUCACCUCGGCUCCGAAAAGCGCAAGUCCUCGCGUGUCGCAGUCUGAAGAAGAGCACGUCUAUAGUUUCCCCAACAAGCAGAAGACUACUGACUCCCCCUCUGCCAUCAUGAGCUCAUCGCUGGGCAGUAACCUGUCAGAGCUGGACCGUCUGCUGCUGGAGCUCAACGCCGUACAGCACAGCACACCCUCCUUCCCUACUGAAGAAACUUACCCACCCAAACCAGCCAGCAACACCCAACGCUAUGUCCCAGAAAACGGCGUCUCAUCAGUAGUGAAAGCACCUCCUCCCAAGAUAGAGAAACCCAAACGCAAUGUACCCGGACGGGGGAUAGAGGAUGUCAGACCCAGUGUGGAGAGCCUGUUAAAUGAGCUGGAGAGCUCCGUGCCGGCCCCUGCACCCGCACCAUCAGUGCCAGUGGUUCAUGAGUUGAGAGAAGUUCAGGAAGAGACUCCCGCCCAGCAGCAGGCCAGAAUCUCCGCCUCCUCAGCGACACGAGAACUUGACGAACUCAUGGCUUCACUGUCUGAUUUCAAAGUUCAGAGCAAUUCUGGCUCUCUGUCAGUUAAGGAGGACUUAUUAUCCACUAAAGGGUCAGAACUUCCCAAUCUUGUGGUGACUGAGAACCUCACAGUCCAUUCUGUCCAAGUCCCAGAAUCAGAGGUAUCUGACCACAGCGUUCCUCCCCAGCCUUUUCCUAAUUUACUGGAACUCCACAUUGUUGAGGAAUCCACAGCCAUUGCUCCACUGGCCAACUCCACGGUGCUCUACACGUCCUCCAAGACCCAGUCGGAGAAACUGCUGGUAGUUUCUAGCACAAAGAGUCCAGCCCCUGAGACUCGUUUAUCACCUGAACCAUUUGCAAAAACUUCAAGUCUUCUAGCAUCAGGUUUACACACACGUGAAAUCAGUUCUCCCAAGACUGUCAAUCCGAAAACGUUAAGUCCAGUUUUGGUCUCCAAAAAUACUCCACUUGUGGUAGCAAAGGCCUCCUCGCCAGUUACGAUUCCAAGGAUUUCAAGCCCUGUUGCUAAAAGCCCAAGUCCACCACAGGAUAUCAAGAGCUCAAAUCAAAUUGUUGAUGUGAAAAGUCCUAGUCCUAUAACUGCUGGUAAAACCUCUAGUACAGUCGUGGUAAGAAAGAGCCCAAACCCAGCUCUUAGAGCAACCAAAAGUCCAGUCUCUGGAGUCCAUGCCAAGAGCCCGCAUUCCGAGCCAGGGAUUACUAGCAAGAGUCCGGUGCCAACUACCAUUACACUGCCCGCUCCUCCAGUUUCAACCCUAACAUUAACUCCGAAGCCUUCCAAAGAGACACCUGAGAGCUUUGAACCGGGCAUAUUGGGAAUAAGUCUUCCUUGCCCCAAGCCUCUUCUGGACGAAGCUCUGGACAAGCUAUUGACGAGUAUUUCUCAACCAGAGCAGGGGAAAGUGGUUGAAGGAGCUCCGGAGGUAAACAAUGAUGUUCUGGCACUUCUUCAUCAGUCGACGCCACAGGGUGGCUUUAAAGAUGUCACUUGGAUGGACGACUCCCUAAACCCCACAUCGAUCCCUGGGAUGUCAGAAGUUUCGCUGGAUCUUCCACUUCUCCAGCCAUCAGCGGUUGAAAGGCUCUCCGCUUCUGGACAACUUAAAUCGGUCAUCAGACGCACAAAGGAAACGUCCAAUGUCCACCCGAUGUUUCGCGACGACCACAUGCGCAAAAAAAUGGGCCCGCUAAUUCUCAACAAGAGUAACUCCCAGGAUCUGCUCAUUGAAGAGCUGCAAGGGAAACUGGGAAUCGGUCGCACUGAGCGGCCACGAAAACAACCAGAUGAUUGGCUUACGGAAGGGGUCAUUGUUUGUUCCAACCCACAGCGCUUAAGAGAGGAAGGUGGUGCAUCGCCAACGGUUGAUAAGAUCAUCAUUCCUCCAGACUCUCCCAGUCCUCCGAAAAAAGUCCUAACCCAUCCUGUCCCAAAAAAGCAAGAUCCUGUGAUACAGAUGCCCGCUCCUCUCCCCCCACCACCUCCACCCCCUAGGGAGCCCUCUCCUCCUCCUCCACCACCUCCUCCUCCUCCUCCCGCUCCUCCAGUUACAAGUCCACCUCCACCUAAAGACCCCACCCCUCCUCCAUCCCCUCCUCCCAAACCUGUGACCCCACCCCCUCCACCAAAGGUUUUAGCAUCUGUGGGCUGCCAAACGGAAUAUGAACCUCUUUUUCCACCGGUACAAGCAUGAACUUGCUUUCUCUGUUUAUCUGAUCAGAGCUUGCAUCAGGGUUCCCACAGUCAUGGAAAACCUGGAAGUAUUAGGGGAUUUGUUAGGCCUGGAAAAGUCUAAAGGUUGCAUUUUGAGUAAAACUUGCUCACAAGCCAUAGUGAAUCAUUCUGAGAGUUGAUUCUUUUCUAUGAAUCUCUGAACUGGUUCACAGUUCAAUUUGCAUGAUUCUUCAGUGAAUCAUUUGGAAUUGAUAGUAAAUGUGUAUGUAUAGUGAGUGUGAAUAAUAAAACUACUGGAAUGAUCAUUUUGGAAAUUCAUUGGUCAGAUAGUG